CUCCAACGACCAACGCAAGUCUAGUGAACGCAGCAUUAUCUGAUCAUAAGACCUGGAAUUCAACAAAAGUUCCAGAGUGUGAGAAAGUUUGUAAUACUGCGUAAGUUAAAUGAUAAUUUAUUUUAUGUCUUCUGUGAUCUAUUCCUCCCUCCUUCACUGAUCCUGCAUGCUGGGUCCGAUUGGACGAUCGAUGGAUUCAGUCUAUACUGUACUAAAUUUCAAAUGUCAAAUCGAUGACCGAUUUUAUGGUUUUAGAAUCGGGUAGAUAAAGCUAUCAGGCCUUCGUACAGCCGCUUUCUGAUCGAUAGGUACAUUUGCUAUUUUUUACGUCAUUAUUAGGUCAAGCGAAGAAGAAUGUUCUGAGAUAUCUCAUUGUAGCUGGUGUGAAAAUAUCUUUUAUUCAUGCGAGAGUUUUUGUCCAUUUAAUCACAGGUAUCCAGAAUGUACAUAGUUUCCAACUUGUGUCCAUAAGCUACAAAUGUUUUUUAGAUGCAAUUCUUUUCAUUGCUUGAAAACGUAAGAAAUCCUACGGUGUUAUAUUUUCAACUACAAAUUAUACUACGUGUUUCCAAUGCUAAAAUAAAUUUCACGAGUAUCCCUAUCGUUUUAGGCUUAGUGGUCCUUUAUUAAACGAAUCUACUGAGUGAUACAAAAACUUGUCCACAAUUUCAUGGGAGAGUUUAUCAGUUGUUGCGUCUCAGUGCGUAUAAUUCUAAAUACAUCUCGGUGUCAUUCCUCGUGUUGCUUCAAGUGUUAUUAUACUAAAUCGCGUUCUUUAAAUAUAGAUUUCCUGUCUUGUCUCCUGAUUUAUAAACAGGUUAAUACUAAUAGGGUUAUUUCUGGUUUAUCCAGGAAAAUUUUAACCAGAGCGUUUUUAGAGUGUGACGUUCUACGUUCCACAAACCCGAAGUUCCGAUGAACUUCGAAUCACACUCGAGACAACUGAUUUUUCGAAACAACUUUUAAGUUGUUUAAAAACUUUUAAGGUUUAAAAACCUUAAAAACCUGUAUGUUUAUAAAUGACUUCUUUCCCUUUUACAGCCAACGGAUUGGUCUAAAGUUUAAUCUUGAUCUGAAUACGUUAAUUCCCGUUUUAACUGACGUUAUAAAAAUAGAAAUAAAGAAAAAUUUACAGCAAACGAUGUACAACACUCUUGGAGAAAAGUUAGAAAAUAAUAUUCAUGGUAUAAAUUUCAAGCAGGUAAUACUAAUAUAUAAGUAAUAGAGGUGCGAUUUCGUUGAGAAAGCAUAUGUAGUUGGCAUGCCGAAUGACCUGAGUGCAUAAAACGUGCAUGCUUGGCAGGGUGUCACGGAGAAGAGUGAUAGAUACAAACUUUAAGGUGCGUCAGUUCUAUCUAAAUUCCAGUACGUGGAUGCAUUACUGUGAAAGUGAAAUCGAGACCACAUCAACAUUAUUUACACUGGAAGGACUGGAAUAUUAGGAGAAUACCUGUAGUGUUUGUAAAUUGUAAUAAGCCUCUGCAUUUGGAACUGUCCCUUAUUUUCAGUACAAUAACCAUUCAUAGCAUAUUGCAUUAUUUGUAUCGUGGUUCACAGACAAUGCUUGUGAAUAUUUUUCUAGAAUUCCAUUACCACGACCAUUCAAGGAUCUAGCAUGGCUGAAAUUUACGGCAAACUUGACAAAAUCAACGAUGCAAUUGCAUCAAGAACAUUUUCCAUUGACAUCCCUGAAAAUGGGGGACGCAAGACAAUUAUUCCCAAACAGUUAUUUGUUUUAGGUAUUACUUGUUUUAAUAAUGUUAGUCUUUCAUCAUUCAAAUUACUUUGCACUUUACACUUUACACCUUAUACUUUAUACCUUAUACCUUACACCUUAUACCUCAUACCUUGUGUACCUUACACUUUACACCUUACACCUUAUACUUUACGCUUUACGCUUUACACUUUACACUUUACACUUUACACUUUACACUUUACACUUUACACUUUACACCUUACACCUUACACCUUACACUUUACACCCUCUGCUUUACACCUUACACUUUACACUUUAUACAUAACCUUAUACUUCACCUCCCUUUGUUUCACUUCUAUUCCCUUCAGUUCACUUCGUUUCACCUCCCUUCACUUAA